AUGCAAGCCACGUCCGAGGUGAAGGUCCACCUCGAUGAGGUGGACAAGUGCGGCGAGGACUUACAAGUGGCCCUCGACGGCCUCAACGCCCUCGCUACUCUGGCACCCAAGAUCGAAGAACUCUCCUCCGUCGUUUCCUACGCCGCCUUCUUCACCACAAUGGGCGGCGCCUUGGGCAGCGGCUCAUCGACGAUUAGGCGAGCGGCGCUGCGCACCCUGCGGCGGUUCAUGCGGGACGGCGACAGCGACUUUGUGCGCCACCUGGUCUUUUACCAAGUGGCCUAUUUCAUCUCCCGCUCCCUCGAGAAAGACAAGGGCACCACCGCUGAACGUGUCGAGGCGAUGCGGGUGGUGCGCCGCCUGGUAGAAAUCGACCCAGUUCUGACGCCGCGAUGUAUCAUACAAUCCCUGCUGGCCAUCGUCGAGACCCGCGACGACUCCUUCGUGCGCAUCGCCCUCGACACGCUCGCCCUACUCGCCGUCCAAAACAUCAAAGGCGUCGCGCAGUGCGGUGGAAUGCGUACCCUGUUGAACGCUCUGGUUGACCCGACAUUCUCCGACCAACACGAUUCCCUCCUGGCCGGUGUCCUGUACAUUCUGAAUCAUCCCCAGAACCGGGCCUACCUUCGACCGCACACUGACCUGCGAGGCGUCUUCGCCGCCCUCACCGAGGGUCCCGGUUUGGCCAAGUCGUGGACGGGGCUGAUCUACCUCUCGUCGGACCCGUCCGGCAUGCGUUCGCUCGUCCUCUCGCUCACUCUGCCCUUCCCCGAACUGCACGAAUUGGUGUUGGAUGGGAUCAUGGCCAUGUUCCACCUGCCGGCCGCUGCCGGCAAAGAGGCCUUCGCAAGGCGCGCGAGCACCGAGGCGGGACGCACCAGCGGGCCGAGCGAUCACCUGGGCCUGGGCGUGGGGCUCGACCUGCCCUCGCGCACCUUCUCCGAUCGGCCCAACCUCCUUUACAACUACCUGGGAAUGGUGCUGGUGAUCCUGGUGGAUUGCGGGCUGAUACAGGCCCUGGUCAAGCUGGGACAAGACAAAGACGACCUGCCCAACUUCACCCCGCCCGUCUUCAGCAAGGGCGAGGAGAGGGAGGGAGGUGAAAAGGAAAAGGAAGACAAAGACAAGGAAAAGGUGAGCAGGGAGAAGUCGUCCUCGUCGCCCCCGCCUCCAGAGAGACAAGUGCACAAUGCCGAGAUCGCCACGAAAGCGACGGUGCUGCUGGCCGAACUGCUGCAUCUGUCGCACUUCCUGCUGCCCACGUCGCAAUGCGCGCGCCUGCAAACGCUGCCCGAACUCAUGUGCUCCGCCGUCUCGUUCAACCUCACCCGCGGCGUGCGCAUGAGCGCCUCGGCCAUGGUGGGCAACCUGCAUCAGUUCUCGCACAUCAAGGGCGAGUCGUCGUUCUUCGACUUCCAUCUUUCGCUCAUCGUCACCGGCGCCAACAAAUGGCGGCGACUCAAGGGCCGUAACAGGCGGCUGGAUCGAAUUGACGACGUCAAGAAGAAGAUCGAUUGGGGCAUGGACGACAAGCAGCUCCUCGCUCGUCUUCAGCAAACACAAAUCCUCGCCACCAAGGACUAUUCGCGCUGGGAGUGGUACACGGUGACGGAGAUCCUCGAGGGUCCGCUGCGCAAUCCGACCCAUCUGUCGACAGCCCUGCAGACCAAGUUCAUCAAGCGCAUCCUCUCCUUCCUACGGCCCUCCAAUCUCCUCUUCUCCGCCCAGUCAUGGACCGUCCCCAACAUGAAAUACGUGCGCGUGGCGUGUCUGUUGCUCGAAGUUCUCUUGGCCGAGUCCGAAGGCUACAAGUACCUCGAGGAGAAGAAUCCGCUCGUCUUCCAGAUCGCCGAUCUCCUCCGCGUAGAAGUCGAAGGGGUGCCCGACAAGAACGGACCCCGUCUGCUCUCCCCCGAGCGCGUGCUCAAGACCAUGGCCCGCGAGUACUUCACCAUGCUGGGAACGCUGUCCUCGACCGAGCGCGGGCUCGAGCUCAUGAAAAAGUUCAAGAUCUUCAACUAUCUCAAAUCGAUGACCGAACUCCAGGGCCGAGACGACCUCUCCUUCCUCAUCCUCACUUCGCUCGAUUACAACAUAAGCGGCGGUCACUCGCGAGUGAUUCUGUCGAAGGCGCUGACGUCGCAGUCGAAGGUGGUCCGCUUCCUGGCCACCCGGCACAUGCGCGUCCUGCUCCGUGCCGGCGUGGCCAACUUCAGCGCCUGGGGUAUCGAAUUCCUCGUAAUCGGCAUGUCGCUCUCGGUCCUGGACGAGGCCGUGGACGAGGAGGAAUGCCUGGACUGUCUGAUCUCCAAGCAGCCCGCAAGCGUGCUGGCGGCCAUCGGUCGGCCCGGGCGCGACCUCCUCCUCCGCCUGCUCUCCACCGAGGCUGGCCUUGAGUACCUCUCGCGCGAGAACGACUUCAUCUCGGGCGCGCUCCAGUACUGGAAGGAAACCGGCAAUCUCGAGUACGUGACCGCACUGGACGAUGCGCUCAGCGAAGCGUUCUCCGCACCCGGCUCCGAGUAUCUGACCAAGCACGUAAUCAUUCCGCCGCAUCUGUACGGUGAGCUGGCCAAGACGGCCAAGGGCUGCGGCAUCCUCAAGCAGUCGGCCCACCACCUGGAGCUCCUCGCCGUGCUCCGCGACGUCUCCCAGCCGCCCCUCGCCCGCCGCACUGCCAUGUGGGCUCUCGGACACAUCGCGUCGUCCGAGUUCGGGCUGAAGCUGCUCGAUGAAAGCUGGGCCAACUCUGGACCUGGACCUGCGCUCGGCGGGCAACUCUCCUCGAGUGGAUCGUGGAUGGUGGGAUCGCCGAGGCAUCCGACAUCGACGCACAAGCGGACGCCGUCGUCGGCAUCGAGCUCCCCGCGCUCGAUCGCCUCCGCCACGCAGGGCUCGUCGGCCACCACGCCGCGCCUGCGGUCGGGCUCCUUCGGCUCGCCGCCCGCUCAGAAGUCGCCCCUGCGCCGCAGUCUCCUGUCCACCCCCGAACCCAGCCCCGCCCUCGCUGACUUCAAGGACCCGAGGGAGGCGCUGCGCGAGGCGGAGAAUGUGGUGGAGGCGCUCGUGCGAAUCGCCGAGACCGACGGCUGCUUUGCCGUGCGUGGCACUGCCGUCUACGUCAUCGGCAUGGUCUCCGGCACCGAGCAAGGGCGUCAGCGGCUGGAGCGGUUCGGCUGGGACACCCCGUGUCACGUGAACUCGCACGUCAGUCUGCCGCGCGACAUUCGGUCGACGCCAUUCCUUCGCAUCGACGAAAACGAAUACAUCGACGUCUUCGUCGCACCUGAGUCUGAAACGGGAGAGGCCCAGGGGAAGGAAUCGAUUCGGGAGGAGAUCAUUCUGUGGGUGACCAACCUCUCCAAUCACAUCACCGCCGAGCGCGCCAUGAACGCCCUCAAGCGCGCCAAAGUCAAGCAUCCCUCCGAAUUCAGAAAGGCGGCGCUGGCGAAAGAGAUACUCCAGAUGCUGGAGCGGUACAGGUUCCGGCUGCCGGUCCGCCGCUUCGUGUAUUCGCUGCUCGACGACAGCGCCUUCGACCGCUCCUUCUUCGCCGCCCUGGCCAACGUGCGACCCGUUGCGCGCAAGGGCACCUGGACCCUCGCCGUCCCCGGCCACCCCGGCAAGCCCUAA